UGUGGGGUAGUCGAACGUGAUGAGAAACGUCGUCAAUCUGACGGCUCAGCCGCGUAAUCUCGCUGUAUUAUCUUAGGGGGAUGCGACGUCCAGCGCCCAGGUUUGUUUUCAGAGGGCGAUGUCGACCGAAUUUGGGCAGCGCUGCUCUCGCUCGUUGUUCGUGCCUACCAUCGAGGCCCUGCGAAUAAUGGCGCGGGGGUUCAAUCUGCUGGAGGAGGAGGACGAGUUCAUGUUCUCCUGCGCGCAUUGUUGCCUUCGGGUCAUGGAGUCCGUUUUCCAUUACGGCAACAGCUGGGCGUUCGUCCAUAUAGCGGCGUAUGGGAGGGGAUUUGUGGCUGCGUCGAAGAGCACGUGGGGAUUGUUCGAGAGGCAGAAGAUGGAGGAGAUGGUGGACUCGGACAUGACGAGCUCGGUGUGCUUCUUGACUGGAGUCUGCAGCGGAGCUGUGUGUGUGAUACUGGCAGCAUCAUGGACGUUUGCUACUCACAAGCAUUACACGGCUACCGUGUCUCUUCUUGCUUUCUUCGUCGGCUACCUCAUGACGAGGAUUGCGAUGGCAUUGCCACACGCGUGCGUAGCGUGCUAUUACGUGUGCUAUGCCGAGAAUCCGAGCAACAGGCUCUUCGACUCGACCAUUCCUGACCAGCUCAACCUCAUGCGCACAGACAGUGAUGUUGUUGCGCCCACACCUCGUUUUCCUCGACGCCAUCUAAUGACGUAGAUUAUUAGCUAGCUUGAAUAUAAAUCAUAUCAGAACAUUCUGGAUCAAUGGUCCAUAACUUUGUGGUUGUAUGUGGGAUGCUCGAAGAUGCAUGAUUCUACUUUGACGACGCAAGCGACAGAGACGGAGAAAAAGCCCUGUGUGGCGUGCUCACGGUGGCUUACUUUGAAACGACUCAUCACAAAGGAAAUCAAAGGGAAGACCCUCCUCAAUUUAUUAGAAAGGGAUCGAAAAGGUACCCGUCAACAAUCAACAAUAUGCGUAGGGAACGCAAGCACUGAAAAAAAAUUAAAAAAUUGAAAAAUUGAUGAUGGGCCAAUGAGGGAAAAAGUGACCGCCUGAGUGCUGGUGGGGCCCGCAAAUGGCAGGUGCUGACGAGGACACCAAAAAAAGGAGAACGAAGAACCCCCACUUGAUGGGUACGAGACAAAGGAGGCUCCUUUGUCACUUUGCCAUGGGUUACUGUACGCUUUCGUCCUUUGUUAAAUGGAAUAUUCUCUCAACCAACCCCUCGUAGCCACCGUGCUCUGAUUUUUUUUUUUUAAUAUUAGUUGAUAAAUUAUUAUGAGAUUAAGAUGAGGACGAGUACAUUGAGAAGUGGUUGGACACGGGGUGUCAAGAUUUGAUCAUUUCAUCACGGAACGCAAAUUUUAGAGGCUUCACUA